AUGUCCGACCAAAGCAGCUCCAGGUCGGUGUCGCCCACGCGGGACCCCACCAGGGACAUGGAUACGGGCCACGAGGGCCUUAAUGACCACAGAAACCAGCCCCCUUCGUUGCCCAUAAGGUCCAAUUCGGAAGCAAGAAGACGCAGACCCAGCGAUGCCGACGAGGAAUUGGGUCCACGAUCCCACAAGACGAUGUUGGGCAAUCUCCGCACGGAGUAUUACCUCAGGACGCCAGAUGAGGAGGACGAGAGUGCUAUUGUGCCCACUUUAGGCGGCCGUAUUCCCAGCGUGAUAGCGGAAGAUAUUCCCUCCCCAACUUCGAGGCAAAGAAGCCGGUCUUUCACGGCACAGUUGCGAGCCAAAGUUGGCAAGGAUGACUCGUCUGACAAACCAAGCGGGAUUCUUAUGAAGAGCCAACCUCCACGUCGCAAAUCCACCCGUAGCAACUCGUUGGUUCCAGAUAUGGCUCUGGACCUUGUUUCGCCAAUGACGAAAAUCAAAACCAACGACAGUACUAUGUCGGAAAAACGUAACCGCAGACCUUCGAGGUCGCUGAUCGACAGCGAUGCCGACUCCCACGCCUCGAGAUCGUCUCAGGAAACUGAAGAGGAUGUGUGCUUUCCCAUGUUGAGAGAACACAUUCGAGUUAAAGGAAUUGAUUUCGACGAGAUUGAAGAGUUUAUCAAAGAAGAGCGUGAAGAAGAAGAAUUCAUGAGACAGCAGCAAACUCUAAUGGCAGAAAGAGCAUCUACCAUGACAGGCGACCGCAGUGGAAAUCUCCAUCCGACCCAAACCAGCCUGGCUGCUUUAAAGUACACUCCGACCAACUUGUUGAAGCGGUCGAAAAAGUCAAGUGGACAGAAGAGUGAAGAACUAAAACCUUCAGACCCUAAUGAAAAAGCUGAGACGAACGAUAAGCGUCAGUCGGACUCGUCCAUUGAGUACGAGAAGUCGGACUCUUCAGCUUCUGAAAACGUCAAGUUUGGAGGAACCCGUAUCAACGAUUCUUCCCUGUCACUUCCUGAUCGGUUCUCGUUUUUUUCAUCGGAAUCCGAAGAAACCCUUCAUGCUCCUGAUCUUCCUCUGAUGGUGCAACCAGGUCAAAGCGUCAAGGACCUCUUUCAUGGAGGAGACGGGACAUGGUGGCUUGACUGUGUUUGUCCUACAGACGCCGAAAUGAAAAUGUUGGCCAAGGCUUUUGGUAUCCAUCCUCUUACGGCCGAAGAUAUUCGUAUGCAAGAAACUCGUGAAAAGGUGGAGUUGUUCCGCAGCUACUACUUUGUCUGUUUCCACACUUUUGAGCCGGACGAUGAAUCUGAAGACUAUCUAGAGCCCAUCAACGUGUAUAUCGUGGUUUUCCGUGAUGGUGUGCUCACUUUCCAUUUCUCACCACUUCUGCACCCAGCCAAUGUAAGACGCAGAAUCCGGCAAUUGCGAGACUACGUUGACGUGAGCAGCGACUGGAUUUGUUACGCUCUUAUUGAUGACAUCACCGAUGGUUUUGCACCAGUAAUUACUGGCAUCGAGUACGAAGCAGAUGCCAUUGAGGACUCUGUAUUUGUCGCUCGUGAUCUAGAUUUUUCCAAUAUGUUACAGAGAAUUGGCGAAGCCCGAAGAAAGGUAAUGACGUUAAUGAGGCUCUUGUCAGGCAAAGCCGAUGUGAUCAAAAUGUUUGCGAAAAGAUGCCAGGAUGAAGCUGCUGGAGUAGCAAGUUCUACAGCACCCACAGGAUUUCCUCCUGGUGUUCCAGCUGGCUUGACAGGCGGGGCUGCAACUCCAGUGUACCCACCUCCAGCUUGGGGCAAAGCACAACCUCGAGCAGAUAUUGCACUUUACUUGGGCGAUAUCCAGGAUCACGUCAUUACUAUGUUUCAAAAUCUUUUGGCGUAUGAAAAGAUCUUCAGUCGGUCGCAUAGCAAUUACCUUGCUCAAUUGCAAGUAGAAUCGUUCCAUUCCAAUAAUAUGGUGACGGAAAUGUUGUCCAAAGUCACACUUAUCGGUACGUUAUUGGUGCCUUUAAACCUUAUUACAGGUUUGUUUGGUAUGAAUGUGCACGUUCCGGGCGAGGGUGGAUCGAAUCUCCAUUGGUUUUUCGGUAUUGUUGGUGUGAUGGUGUUCAUCAUCAUUAUCUUUUUCCUCGGCGCUCGAAUGUGGCUCAGUAAAAUGCAUAACCCCAAUGACGACCAAGCUGUUCGUCCGUCACGCCGGUCCACCAAAAGCUUUGGAUUGCGCAACAAGACCAAAGAGGCGGCCCGUUCCAUUCUCAGCUUUCCCAACAAGUAUGAGUAG